AUGGCAGACCCAAGUCCGAACACAAUGAUGACUUGCCCGUACAACCCAGCCCACCAGGUCGAACAUUACAGAAUGCAUAUCCACCUGCAGAAGUGUAGGAAGCAACACCCAAAUUGUAACAAGAUAAACUGCCCAUUUGAUUCCACUCACGUGGUAAACGAUGUGGAGAUUGACUAUCAUGUAAGUGUCUGCCCCAAGCGACACAUGCUGGAUAACCAGUUGUAUAUAACCGAUGACGACUACAGGCCCACAGUUGAAAUUGUAUCGCCUCCUACGGUAGUGACAUCUGAGGAGAAUUGGGAAGAUGAUAACACCACAUCCUACAAGCCGGACUUAAGUAAGAAAGGCCCUCAUAUUAUAACCAAGAUAAAGGGUGCUACUCCCUCAGAGCGAAGGAAGGCCCGUAUGGAGGGCAUAAAGAAUUACCGUCCUGCUGAAGUUAAUAAGUAA